AUGGAGACUCUGGCAGUGUUUGGCGGAGCAAGUCCAUGUUUUUCCUCAUCCCUUCAACGCUCAGCAGCUGAGAGAAGCUGCAGCUUAUCCUACGCCCACCACAAGAAUCACCUACGCACCCGUCACCACCAGCUAUCAGCAUUCCCUUCAAAGUGCCAUCUUUUCUCAUUUUUCCCAUCUCGUCCUCAUGCUAAAACCCUCGCCAAACCUCGCAUCUUUCUUCCCCACUUGGUUGCUUCACUGGAACAAGUUGAUGAGACAUACAUAAUGGUGAAACCUGACGGAGUUCAGCGUGGCCUUGAGCACUACAAGGAUCUCAAGGGAAAGUCUUUCUUCCCUAAAUUGAUCGACUACAUUAUUUCUGGCCCAGUUGUGUGUAUGGCAUGGGAGGGUGUUGGUGUGGUCGCAGCAGCACGUAAGUUAAUUGGGUCUACAAAUCCUCUUCAAGCUGAACCGGGAACUAUAAGAGGGGAUCUUGCUGUUCAAACAGGAAGGAAUGUCGUUCAUGGGAGUGACAGCCCUGAAAAUGGCAAGCGCGAAAUAGCUCUCUGGUUCAAAGAAGGUGAAUUAUGUCAGUGGACGCCAACUCAAGAACCAUGGUUAAGGGAGUGA